AUGGCGCAUGAGGAAUACGCUUUGGGAAACGGCGUCGUUGUAGAAACAGAGGAGGGGAAGGAUUGGGAGAAAGUGGAGGCGAAGGGAAUUAAUAUUGGAAAAUGGAUUAGAAGGAAGGAAACGGACGGAAGUGUGCAAUGGACCCACCAGGUAACAGAAAAUGGACCAGGAUGGCAACCAAACCAUGUUUGCUGCUUCCGUGGGGUUUGGUUUUUGGUGUAA